ACGCGGUCCUCAAACUCACCUUUCGCGAUUUUUAAAAAUCAAAGUUCCAUAGGGAGCCCCCUCUCACUCUCUCUGUGUUGUUGGCAUCGGCUGCCGCGUUGCUCGCUCACGCUCUCUCCCAUGCCCCGCAUGGCGCCGCAAGCAGGCCCACAGUAUUUCCGUAGGACGGGCCUGGCAGCCGUGACAGCGAUCUGCCUGGGACUCGGCCUGUACACGGCAGUGGUGCUGGCACCGAAGUCGAUUCCAUACGAGAGCCUGGGCUUUUUCGGCUCUUUCCUGCAGUACCUGACUGUCAAUCAUUACGACAAACUCUACUUUGGGUAUUAUCUGACCUGGAUCAUCCACGGAGUCGAGGCCCUGUACACCUACAAGUUGGCUGGCGACAAGGGACUCACGGCCACCACCAGGCUGAAGUGGAGCCUUCAGACCCUCUUGUUUGGAAUAUUUUCUCUGAAGCACCUCAACGCGUACCUUCCCCAAAGCCGAAGAGAGGGUGAUGGUGUGCGUCGAUGGCUGGUGAUGUCCUGGUGGCGGCAUCGCUUCAUUAUAAACUCAUCCAGCCGAGGCCUAAUGCACCUCCAGUGUACUUGUGAUUAGCUACCUAUACUGCCAGCACCAACAGACAUCCACAAAAGCAGUCCAUCAGGUAUGCAUUCAUGGGUUUUCUGAUUCAUAUGAAUUCAGAAACAAAACAUUUUCUCUGUAUACUUGGUAUUACUGCACUGUACUGAAACUAGUCAUCUUCUUGGUUCUUUCGGUAAAGUCACGUAGAAGGGAAAUAAUAAAAUAAUAAAAAUAAAACAUAAUUAUAUAAUUCUCACGACGUUUCGGCCACAAUGCAAGCAGCCGUCCUCAGGUGAAGACCAGGUCUGUCGGGGAGACAGCGUCUGAAUGAAACAUCACCACGCUUGGAGCCUAUAUAAGUUGGGUUGGAAGGGGGAAGAGCGCCUUGACAAAAUAAUUUGCAUAUAUUUUAUUAUUUCCCUUCUACGUGACUUUACCGAAAGAACCAAGAAGAUGAAUCCCUGCAGUCACGAAAGCUUUAAAUCGAAAAAUGAAACUAGUCAGUUUAAUGAAAACAGGCAGCUCACAGCAUCUGGAUGGAAUUUAUCCCAGUUUGAAAGUGUAUAUAUGUGUUCCAUAAAUUUGAACAGCUGUUAACGGGCAGCAGGGCACUACGUCAAUGAACUUGUGUUAUACAACGGUGGUAGUCUCUUUAGUCAGGUUGAUAAUGAUGGUGAUUUUAUUACAGUAAUAGUAGCCAGGUGGCUUAGAUAGAUAAUGUCAAGAGUACUGAACAAUGCUUAGAUUCUGGGUUCCAAACGAGGCAGCCAUCCAUUGAUUAUCUUCUUGGUUCUUUCGGUAAAGUCACGUAGAAGGGAAGCAAUAAAAUAAUAAAAAUAAAACAUAAUAAAAUAAAAUAAUUCUCACGACGUUUCGACCACAAUGCAAGCAGCCGUCCUCAGGUGAAGAAUGAGACAUUUCCAAGCUAGGAGCUAAUAUAUAAGCUGCGUUGGAGGUGCAAGAGCGCCUUAACAAAAAGAAUGUGCAUAUGAAGAGGAAUUUAGCAUAUUCAUGGGAAAUGCGUAGGAGGUGGGUGGGGGGGGGGGGUUUCAUAGUCAUAUUAUGCCCAUGCAUUAUGCAGGAUCAACAGCACCAAGGGGGGGUGCAGUAGCAUUAACAAAGGAAAAGAAUGUUAAUAGUAUGUAGCUGCAGUUACUAAACAACAACGUAGAAAACUAAAGUAUAAACUACAUAAAAAACUAAAGUAUAAACUGCAUAGCACCAUCAGUAUACUUACUAUACUCUACAAUAAGCUGAGUUACUAACAACAAGUAAUACAUUACAAUUCUACGUCGUAAAAAAUUAUAUAAUAUGCUUCCAUCUAAACUUUAUUCUCUUACAUCACACGAGCAUACACCGUACUAUAUACUGCCAUAGAUAAACCCAACAUUACAUUACACCAGGUUUACAAGUGUAGCAAGUUGAUGGCACUAUUGCACAAAAUAUCUGUCAUUAAGUUAGUAUUUUAAGAACAUUUGGUUUAUUCCAGGUCUGCGGUUUAAAAAAAUAACUUUUGUUUCCAUGCAACAAAUACUGCAAUACCAGGUACCUUAGAAGUAGUUACGUGAUGUCAUCUCCUAGAGGCCACGCUCUAACGUGAAGGAAUAUUACACUGGUUGUGCAAGAGUUCGAAAUAAAAAUGACCCCAUCUAAUUAUUUGACACCAAUGGUACAAUUGGUAUGUAAUUGGGAGGAUUAAAACUACAGGGACCUUGUUUGCUACAACCGAUGAAUCUGUCUCUGUGAUACCUGUGGAUGUUUGUUGAUGCAGUGAUUGGCUUGAAGCUAAAGGUGUGAAUCAUUCCAGUGGAGCUCGUAGUGUCCAACCUCAUCUAUUGGGAUCAAUGCUUUUGUGUGCUUUGUCUUAUAAAUAAAAUGUUUGAAAUUAUAA